AUGGGAGCAUUGCACUCCAUGUAUCAAGAGAAUAUGAGCUAUCACAGGGUGUGUGGCCUAGAAGUAGACAAAAUGUUUUCCCUCAUCUAUCCACUGAUUGCUCUAACAAUGCUCAAAGAAGUCACCAGUAUUGCAAUUCAUGAGCAAGAAUGUGACACAACCUAUCGACUUCCAGACAACAAAGACAUCACAGUAACCUGUGGAACUGAACAAGUACAUCUGUCGAUCUAUUUGUGCCCACUUUAUUUUGCUGGGUCUAAUGAGAGCUUUGUAGCUCUGAACAACCAGUUCUCUAACACAGACUGCAGGGGAUCAGUUGAUGCAACGGUUUCACCUCCUUUACUCAGAUUUUCAUUUUCCAUCAAUGACAACGAUGCUACUUCUUGUGGGAGCCAUCUGCAGAUCACCAGUGCCCAAGGAACAGGUAUCUUUAAAGAUUUCUCCAACAUCGAGUCUGUCAAUAUCAGUGGUAUUAUCAAUUCAUACGACCCAACAGCCAGCACCAUAACAUACAACCAGGAGCUUGUUUAUCAGUAUUCCUGCAACUACCCGCUGGAGUACUUUGUCAACAACACCAGGCUGGAAGUGGCAGGAGUAAGCAUAGCAAUCAAGGACAAUAAUGGCACCUUCAGAAGCACACUCAAUCUUCGUCUUUACAGUGACACGAACUACACCAAUGCUCUGAUCAUUCCAGAUAAUGGACUUGCCUUGAAAACCAAGAUUUAUGUAGAAGUUAAAGCUACCAACUUAACUGAUAGGUUCAAUGUUCUUCUUGACCACUGUUUUGCUUCAACCUCGUACUUUCCUCUGAAUUCUUCCAGCAGUUAUGAUCUCUUCAUUGGGUGUACUAAAGACCAGCAAACCAACAUCAUCUCCAACGGGGAGAAUCAGUUUGCAAGGUUUUAUUUUGAAGCAUUCCGCUUCACUGAGCACAGAAACCUGCCCACUUCCACUUACUAUCUGCACUGCAUCACACGUCUCUGUGAAAAGUCGGCUUGUAGUACCUUCAGUAAAUGCAAAAGGCGAAAAAGGCAGGCAAGAGACCUUUAUACAACUCCGGGACCCAGUGAAGCAUCUGACCCUGUCACUAUCACCUCACCUCUCAUCAGUACCAUGACUGAUAAUGUUGUGAAAGAAAAUUAUGAAUCAGGACCGUCAGCCUUAACCUCUCAAUACUUAUUGGAUGGAUACACUGGUCUGGGCAUCGGAAUUGUAAUCCUUGCUUUGAUAUGUAUUGCUAUGAUUGUUGCCAUUGCGCUCCUGUUUAAAAGAUUUCAGAAUAAGUCCAAUUCAAGUAAAUUGGAAAAACAAUAA